CCUUUGCUUCUAUCCCAAAAUGCUCUUCUUCUGUUUCCCAAGAUGGCUGCUGCGAGUAGUUGCGCUGGGUUUUGCAGAGCCGGCUGGCAACCCUGCUUUCAGUUCGUCCGCCAUGGCUCCAAAGCCGUCACACGUCACUGGAAGCCGAUGCACUUCUUGAGGCAGCAGCUGAUGGCAGUCACAGAAUACAUCCCGCCAAAACCCCUCAUCGCACCAGAGUGCAGGCCCCCUGUCAAGAUCGACGAAGAGGAGCACGGCUUUGUGAAGUUUCUGCGUCGGCAAGUGGAGCAGACGUUCCGUGAGAACAACAUGAUUGCUGUGUGCCAGUACAACUACGCUCCCGGCGGUGAGAUCGCACUUAUGAGGCACCGGCUGCGAAAGUACAACAUCCACGCCAAAUUCUUCCCCAACGAGGUCCUUAGAGCUGUUCUUAUGGAAUCCAAAUACAAGAACCUUCUCCCUCUCUUUGUGGCCCGCAACCUUCUACUGGUGAGCCCGGAGACCAGAGCCCGGGAGAUGCUGCGGGUCUUGAAAAAUAUCCCACAGAUUACUCUCCUGGGAGGCUGCAUCGACAACACCCUCAUGAGCAAGGAAGGCUUCAACAACUAUGCCAAGCUGUUGUCCAUGGCGACCACCCAAGGGGAAGUGGUGGGGGCCCUUUCUCUCCUGCCCUCCCAGACCAGCACACUUCUGCAGCGUGGCCCCAUCCACUUGGCUUCCUUGCUGGACCAGUAUAUUAAACAGCAGACCAGCAGUGGGGCAGAGGUGAAGGAGGGGGGUGAUUCCUGAGAACGUUGAAAGCCCUUUGACAAAUUCCCUGCAGCUAUUUAUCUCCUCUGUUGGUUGUGUGAUCAUUGCUUGGGUGGGUGGGCUUAGUCGACGGUAGCAAUGAAAUCCUCUUAAUCAAGUGGACUCAGAGAGAUGAGGGGUAGACUGUGAACAAGAGAGCUGUUGGAACACAUAUAUCCCUUUGGGUAUUAGGUCUCUGUUUCAUUUCUAGAACUGGUGUGAUACUAGCCCACCAAAUCAAGUAACCCUAGUUCCUUCCGCAACUGCAGCAGAAUUAACAAGCUUGAGAACUGGAGAAGUCAAAGCCAUCCAGCACCAUCCAGUGCUUCACUUUAUGGUACAGCAUCUGAAAGAAUAAUGCCACAUGAUUAUAAUUGCUAAUCUUAGCAUUAUUACAUUUUUUCAGGGGUUUUUUUUGUGGCAGGAACUCCCUUGCAUAUUAGGCCACACACCCCUGAUGUAGCCAGUCGUCCUGGAGCUUACAGUAGGCCCUGUACUAAGAGCCCUGUAAGCUCUUGGAGGAUUGGCUACAUCAGGAGUGUGUGGCCUAAUAUGCAAAGAAGCUACAAAAAAAGUCCUGCAUUUUUUCAAAAGAAUCCUAUUGUCUAUAUUAUGCUGAGUGACUGGGGAAUAAGUUUGGCAGAAUCCUGGAGCUCUUGCAACUCCAAAGUGAAUCUUGCAAUCUAAAUAAAUGUGGACUUUUGUAAUA